AUGCUCGCCGGAGCCGGCCCGGUGCCCGACGGCGCCCCGCUCCCCAAGGCGCCCCGACCCCUGGGCGCCGCGUCGCAUGCCCGCUGCCCCGACGGCGUCCCGCGCCGGAUGCCCCGCCCCCUCUCCGGCCCGCCCCCGACGGCGCCCCGCCCUCCCGCCGCGCCGGCCCCACGGCCGCACGGGAAACCCGCGAGUUCCCCAGCUGCGGGUGGCGCGGCCCCCUUAGGGGAGGCGCGGGGCGGCGUCAGGUGGGGCAGGCUGGGUAGCCGUGAUCUGUGCAAGGUCGGGCCGGGCCGCAGCUGUAGGUUGUGUCCUCGGGAAUGGCGAGGGGAACAGAGACCCCAGGGCCGCCAGCUGCGCUUCAGCCGUGGGUUCUUGCGGAGGCUGGAGGGCUCCCUGGUGUCCUCUGGGUCAUGCGGGCUGCGUGAUUUGCGGGACCCCGAGGAAAAUGAAAUUGUGAGUCUCCGUUCACGAUUGAAUACUUUCAAGACUGUGGCCGCAGAGCAGUCCCUCAGGCGGGUCCUCCUAAGUGCGGGGCCUGCGCGAGGCCCAGGCCGCGUUGUGCAGGCGGGCCUGCCUCCGGGCGCCCCUCUCCCCUUACCCCAUCCCGUACCCCAUCCCUCUCCGCAUCCCCGGGCCUUUGAGCCUCGUGUCUCCCAGCGCCCUCGACCUCGGGGGACGCUGACUGUCGUUGUGUCCUGCACUGGCAGGGGAGGAGCUCCCCAAGGACCGCGCCGGAGCUGCCAACAUGGUACAGAAAAUAGGCUCCAAACCCCUCUUCCUAUUCAUGUUAAUUUAAUGUCGCCUUGA